AUGUCUGAUAAAGCAGCUGCUAGAGAAAGAUUCAUUUCAGUCUUUGACGAUGCCGUUGAAGAAUUGAAAGAAGUUUUAGUUUCUUAUAAAAUGCCACAAGAAGCCAUUGAUUGGUUUGUUAAAAACUUAAACUAUAAUACUCCAGGUGGUAAAUUAAAUAGAGGAUUAUCCGUUGUUGAUACUUUUGCAAUUUUAAACAAUACAACUGCUGAUAAAUUAAAUGACGAACAAUAUAAAAAAGUUGCAUUAUUAGGUUGGGCAAUUGAAUUAUUACAAGCUUAUUUCUUGGUUGCUGAUGAUAUGAUGGAUCAAUCUAAAACUAGAAGAGGUCAAAAAUGUUGGUAUUUGGUUGAAGGUGUUGGUAAUAUUGCCAUUAAUGACUCUUUUAUGUUGGAAGGUGCUAUUUAUGUUUUAUUGAAGAAGCAUUUCCGUCAAGAUCCUUAUUAUGUUGAUUUAUUGGAUUUAUUCCAUGAAGUUACUUUCCAAACUGAAUUGGGCCAAUUGUUAGAUUUGGUUACUGCCGAUGAAGAAGUUGUUGAUUUGGAUAAAUUUUCAUUAGAUAAACAUUCAUUUAUUGUUAUUUUCAAAACUGCUUAUUACUCAUUCUAUUUACCUGUUGCUUUAGCCAUGUACAUGAGUGGUAUUAAUAGUGAAGAAGAUUUGAAACAAGUUAGAGAUAUUUUGAUUCCAUUAGGUGAAUAUUUCCAAAUUCAAGAUGAUUUCUUGGAUUGUUUUGGUACUCCAGAACAAAUUGGUAAAAUUGGUACUGAUAUUAAAGAUAACAAAUGUUCUUGGGUUGUUAACCAAGCUUUAUUGCAUGCUACUCCAGAACAACGUAAAUUAUUAGAUGAUAAUUAUGGUAAAAAAGAUGAUGAAUCCGAACAAAGAUGUAAAGAAUUAUUCAAAUCUAUGGGUAUUGAACAAAUCUACCAUGAUUAUAAAGAAUCAAUUGUUGCUAAAUUGAGACAGCAAAUUGAUCAAAUUGAUGAAUCAAGAGGUUUGAAAAAAGAUGUCUUGACUGCUUUCUUAGGUAAAGUUUACAAGAGAUCUAAAUAG